CCCCUUGUCCGGCUGUGCUGGGCAACCAUGACGACGGCCAUCCUGGAGCACCUGAGCACCCUGUCUGUCAGUGGGCAGCAGCUGCGUCGCCUGCCCAAGAUUCUGGAGAAUGGGCUUCCCAAGAUGCCUUGCACCGUCCCAGAGACAGAUGUGCCUCAGCUUUUCCGGGAGCCUUACAUCCGCACCGGCUACCGCCCCACGGGACACAAGUGGCGCUACUACUUCUUCAGCCUCUUUCAGAAACACAAUGAGGUGGUCAACGUCUGGACCCAUUUGUUGGCCGCUCUGGCCGUCCUCUUGCGAUUCUGGGCCUUUGCUGAGGCCGAGGCCUUGCCAUGGACCUCGGCCAGCACCCUGCCCCUGCUCCUCUAUGUCCUGUCCUCCAUCACUUACCUCAUGUUCAGCGUUCUGGCCCACCUGCUGCAGUCCAAGUCGGAGCUCUCCCACUACACUUUCUACUUUGUGGACUACAUUGGCGUAAGCGUUUAUCAGUAUGGCAGUGCCUUGGUUCACUUCUUCUACACCUCUGACCAGGCCUGGUACGAGCGCUUCUGGCUUUUCUUCUUGCCAGCGGCUGCCUUCUGUGGCUGGUUGUCUUGCGCUGGCUGUUGUUAUGCCAAGUAUCGUUACCAGAGGCCUUACCCAGUCAUGAAGAAGAUAUGUCAAGUGGUGCCCUCGGGGCUGGCCUUCAUUCUAGACAUCAGCCCCGUGGCGCACCGAGUGGCCCUGUGCCACCUGGCUGGCUGCCAGGAACAGGCUGCCUGGUACCACACCCUCCAGAUCCUCUUCUUCCUGGUCAGCGCCUACUUCUUCUCUUGCCCAGUUCCUGAGAAGUACUUCCCAGGCUCCUGCGAUAUUGUAGGCCAUGGGCAUCAGCUCUUCCACGUGUUUCUGUCUAUUUGCACACUCUCCCAGCUAGAGGCCAUCCUCCUGGACUACCAGGGGCGGCAAGAGAUUUUCCUGCAGCGCCACAGUUCCCUGUCUGUCUACAUGGCCUGUCUGUCUUUCUUCUUCUUGACCGCCUGCAGCGCCACCACUGCAGCUCUCCUGAGGCACAAAGUCAAGGCCAGACUGAUGAAGAAAGAGUCCUGAGGCUGGCAGGUGGGGCGAGGUUGGAGGCACCCCAUUCUGAUUCGGGGAAAAUGCGAUGCAAAAUUAGAGGCUGACUUUAUUUUUAAGAGUUGGCUUUUGCAGUAAGACAUAUUUCCAAGGCUAUGGCCUUGGGAAGCCAAAAGACUUGAGAGUUAUGUUAUAGUUGUUAAUAAAAAGAAUGUUCCUUUUUCGUCUAGACAUAGCCUUUCAAGGCACAGGAAAAGAAGGGACCUUGGCUAAGAUUCAUGGGACACUGAAUUAGGGAUCAUCUUCAUACCUGAAAAUUCAGCAGAAUUCUGAGUGUGGCCUCCAGGGGCACGUCCUGGAGCUGAAGGGGUGGUAAACUUGGCCUGGAAAACAAGUAGGUGGCUAGUCCACACCAUGUUGGAAUGGCCAUCCUCCUAUGCUGGUCUUUGGUGAUUGGUAAAUUGACCCAAGGACCCAAUCUCCUUUGGAUUUCAGCUUGUCCAGGGUGGAGAAUUCAGAAUCUUCAAGAUUCAGUGAAACCCUUAGACAAUGAAUUAUUCAUUUCAUACAACUUAUGGUCCCACCUCUGUCAUCUACUCUAACCCUGAUCCUCUUCUCAGGAGGCCAUCCCCUGGCUAUUUUCUCUGCAGUGCUGUUCACUCCCAUCCAUACCUUGGUAAUAUACAGGACUGUGGAGUAGUCAUAUUUUCAGUAGUUGCUUAGAUCCGUGUGAAAAUCCAGGAAGCUUAUUCUCAUAUAAUACUAGAAAUGGUACUAGAAAGUACAGUGCCAAGAGCCACCAGGAGCCCAGCCAACAAGCAUGGAUGCUCCUGGGUAUCAGGGGACCUUCUGUUUUAUACCUGUGGACUGGAAGAUUACUUGAGAUCUCUUAGGGCUGCCUUAGAGGCCAGAAGAUCUGGGGUUAGCUCCAGGAAAUCUCCAAAUUUUGACGAGCAUGUUCAAAAAGCCCCUGGUAGAGUGAAUUGGUUCUAAGGGUCCCUCUAGUGAUCUAAUUAUUUCAAGAGGAGGCCAAGGUCCAGCCUUUUAAAUAUAUGCCACCCCACAAAGGACCCACAUAACUACGCUAGUUCAGGGUCCUCAGACAGGCAUUUAUGCCUCAACUUAGAGCUGAACCCUUCAAAUAAUCAAGCCCCAGGAGAGGUGAGUGUGUGUGCUCACUCUGGGUUGGUCCCUAAUGGCUCCUUUGGGUAAGAAUGGUGAACAGCACACCCUGUAGCUAGAAUUUUCUGUUUAGGGCAUCACUGUCGGCAGCUGCUAUGGGAUAGGUGGUUCUUGGCACUGAUGUGUUCUGGCCACGCAGCCCCUCUGAGGACUGACUUCACACUAAUCCAGUGAAAGGGGCUGCGUUGACAGAGGAGCUGAGCCAUGGAGGCCUUCUCAGAGGCUGCAAUUCCUAUCAGUAGUAUAAGGUUCCUAUUUCCUGAAAAGGGAAGUGGUUUGCUUUCACUCCAGUUUGAUGAACAUCUUCUAUUACUAGAUUAUUUUGUUGUCUUCAAAUCUUUGUUUUCUUUCUUUCUCUGAGAUAUUUGUGGUUUUUGUGCCUUAUAAAUGGAAAUUUAUGAACACUACCACAUAUAUAUGUAUAUGUAUAUGUAUGUAUACAUGUAUAUGUGCGUGUGGAAUUUGCAGUUUCGGGUUAUUGGGAUAAGAAAGAAAGAAUUCAUUGCUUUUCAACCAGUGGAUGAGAGAAUUGCUUAUCAAUCAAAAGAUUCUUUGAACCUGCUUAUUUUGGCAAAACAAAAAAAGAAAAAGAAAAAAUUCAACGGAAGCUUUCCUAUAAUCUUUAUAUCAAGAAAAUGUACAUCUGGACCGCUACAUAGUUUUCCUAGAUAUUUUCCUAGGUUUCCCCUUUAAUCCUCAAAUACAUGAACUUCUGUGCUGCCCAAGUGUCUUACACAAUCUUCUGGUGUCUAGGCCAAAUUAUCACAAAUACAGUGAGCAAACUGAAUCGGGCUGAACUAAGCAAGGGAACAGAGGAGUUGUGCAAACACGUUCUAAGCAGAGGAUCAGUUUAAAAUGGGGAUUAGAAAGUGUUUGAAAUGUCCAUGAGUACGGAUUCAAAGACCAGGUUGUUUUAAAAGUUGGAAGGAAGACGUAAGUCCAUCUCUUGAAUGUAACUGGUGGCAGAGAUCUUUAGGCCAAAUGCAGAUUUCUUUUUUAAGAGAAAACAGGAAGUAGAGCAGUGAUCUUCAAAUGUAGACCAAUGCAGCCUGCGCCCUGUAAAUGAAAUGGUCUAUAACAAGAUAAGUACAAGAUAGACUAAACUUUUAGAUAUUGUCAUAAAAUUUUCAGUUUUAUUUACACAAGUGUUAGUCCCUCAAGUGAUUGAAAAUUUUUUUAAAAAAUAUUUUCACCAGAGAUAUUUGAGAAACAUUGGGGUAGGAGACUACUAUCUCAUUAAAAAUACUAGCAUAUCAUUAGCAAUAUAUAAAUAUGGGAAAUGCAGAUGUUUUUAACUACUCAGACUUUUGAGGGAUUAAAUACUCUUUUUAAAACAUUUUCAUUAAAAUUAGUGUAUUGUUAUGGAACAGACCUAGUUUUUUAAAAAAGGAAUAAUUAAGUAUUUGAUAAAGGAGAUAUUUAUCUUUCUCCACUAUACCCCUGCAAACAGUUGACAUCUACUGGAAAUUCUCCUUAUCUCUCUUCUUUUUUUAACUAAUUUUUUUUAAUGUUUUAAACCUAUUAAAAUGUAAAUGCCUCUGAAAAAACUAAACUAUCAUCUUGUGAAUAAAAAUUCUAGUGGAUUUAUACCAGGGCCUACUCAGAGUAGGGUGAGGGGAGAGCAGGAUGCACCAGACUGGGGACACAUAUGCCUGUUUCCCUCUUGCCUAGUACUUCCUGACCUCUCCUUAAUUCACAAGCUGAUGUUGAUACCCUUUAGAUACUAGGGUUUCAUUUCUCACCUCAGCCGAAAGUACCUCAUUCAAUAACAACAUUCUCAAUCCUCCACUGGAAGCUUGAAAAAUAGCAGGAGCUCAGGCCAUGAGAAGAAGAAUGAAGGAUGAAGGUCAUUCAUGCCUGCCUGUGUUGCCCCCCUUUUCACAAAUUGUACCUUACUGCUUAAAACCAUUAGGUUCUUCAGUUGCUGCACUGUAGUUUCAAGUAGGCCCUCCAGAUGGCGCUCGUGUGUUUCUCGGAGAGGGCCCGGCGUUGUCCUCAAGGUCUCAGCCUACUAAAUGUGUUCAACCUAGUGUUUUGUUUGAUUGCUUGGCAAGGAAAAAAUGGGAACUAUUUUCUGUUUAUAUAAAUCUACUUACAUAAAUGACCAUUAAACUGAUUUUGUAUAUGGAUUGU